GGUUUUUGCUGAUGCUGGGACUCCUAUCUGUUUGCUGCAACCCCCUGAUCCGUAUGAGUUUUAUGAUGACCCUAAGAAGGGCGGACAUACUGGUUUCGAACAAUGGCCUGCAGAAGACCAAGAGAUCUAUGAUGAGUUCGAGAACGAUGACAUAGGUGGUAAUUUGGAUGACUAUGCGAUCCCAUUACUGCCCGGUCCUGAGGAACCGGAUACCGUAUUACCCAAGUUACCAGUGUCUGACCGUCCCGAACUUUGCCCUAUUCAAGAUCUCUGUAACGAGUUCUCUGAGUUGUUCAACAACAAGAUCGGGUUUUGUCCGUUGGUCACUCAUGAUAUAAAGACCUUCGAUGAGCAGCCGAUGGCUCAGCGUCCGAGACGUGUACCUCAUAAAUGGCAAGCUGACAUACGAGGCCAGAUUGAUGAUAUGCUGAGAGAAGGGAUUAUUCGGCCAAGUAUGAGUCCGUGGCGUUCACCUUGUGUCUACGUUAAGAAGAAGACUGGUGGUGUCCGUAUCUGCGUGGACUAUCGUGAACUGAACCGUCGGUCCCACAUGUCCGCUUAUCCCCUUCCUCGCCCUGACUUCGUACAGGAUGACUUGAAAGGUGCCCGUUUCUUUACAUCUCUGGACCUGAAGUCUGGUUACUGGCAAGUACCCGUCUCUGCUGCUGACAUCCCGAAGACCGCUUUCUGUCCGGGGAAUGGCUUUCCCCUCUAUGAGUUUCUGCGUAUGCCGUUUGGUCUACAUGAUGCGCCAGCUACUUUCCAGAAACUCAUGGAGGACAUCCUAGGCGACCUACCAUUCGUCAAGAUCUAUCUUGAUGAUAUUUUGAUUUUCUCACCGGACAUGGAGACUCAUGUUCGGCACCUUCGUGUGGUCUUCGAGAGGUUGUCCGCUGCGAAG